AUGCUUCCAUCCAAGGCGUCCACUCUUGCUCUUUCAUUGAAUAGCGGUAAACACUGGCUCAAGGAACACUUUAUUCCUUAUACUAAGAACCGGAGAACAGGCCAAUAUAGCCUCUUAGUCCUUGACGGACAUGAUUCCCAUUUAAUACCUCAAUUUGAUGAUAUAUGUCGUCAAUAUGAUAUUAUACCGAUCUGCAUGCCAGCCAAUUCCUCUCAUCUCUGUCAACCGUUGGAUAUAGUCUGCUUUUCACCAUUAAAAAGCGCCUACAGCAAUCUUAUUGAAAGGCUUGUACGAACAGGAUAUUAUCAUAUCGAUAAAGUUAACUUUCUUGAUAUCUAUCCAGAAGCCCACAUCCAAGCCUUUAAGAAGGCCAAUAUCCAGAGUGCUUUCAAAGCCUCCGGAAUUGUUCCUUUUGACCCGACAAAGGUUCUGGAUAACCUCAUCUUCUACAGAGAGGAGAGCCGGCCAAACAGCCAAAGAACUACUUCAACUAUUACAAAGAUGCUUUUGAAUUUGAAGCAAUUCAAGAAACAUGAGUCAACAAUCUUUCAGUUACUUCAACAAGCAGAUUCUCCGGCUUCACCCAUGCAAACUGCGUUAUCAUACAUAUUUAAGGGAGCAGAGAUAGCCUUGAAUCGGGCGGCUCUCUUAGAGCAUGAAAACCUUCAACUUCGUGAGACUGUUGAACGACGAAAAAGAAAGCAACAGCGCAAUCAACACCAGAUGCAUGGUCUGGAUGGAUUCACAAUCCAGGAAGCCCGUGAGGCCUUCGCUAACGCGCAGGCUGCGGAGGAAGCAGCUGGUGAUACAGGACCUCUAGAUAGUUAG